AUGAGUGUAUUACUAGUAGUAUGUGACACUCCCACAGGUACCACUCAGCAAGAACAUGAAGUCGAUGCCUUCAAGCUUUUCUUUGGCAAGCGCAACCAGGAAUUCAAGGAGGAACAGCGUCGCCACGAGGAGAACAUGAAGGAGUUACAUCGCCUGCAGAUGGAAGACAUUGACAAGAAACGCCGCCGUGAACUCGAAAUGGAACGGGUCAAAAUUGAACGGGAGACCGCUCAUCAGAUCCAAGCGGACGAACAUGCUAAGUACCUUGCCGGAGAACAAUGCAUCUAUCCAGGAGCAGGAUCAUGCUUGGAACCCCCAAGCCUAAAUCAUUACUAG